AUGGACAGCGUGACCUCUCCAACGGUUGAUAUUAAGCGUGAUCUGAAGGCCCUCCAGACGGGUCGUCCUGUCCCUGGGUAUAAGAACACUCCGGAAUUGAUCGAGGCGCAUCUGGCCAAAACUGGUGGGAAACCGUAUUUUAGGUUUCCACCGGAACCCAAUGGCUUCCUGCACAUCGGCCAUGCUAAAAGUAUGAACCUCAAUUUUGGCAGCGCAAAAGCCCAUGGCGGGAAGUGCUACCUUCGCUAUGACGACACUAAUCCCGAGUCUGAGGAGCAAAUAUAUAUCGAUGCGAUUCUUGAGAUGGUGAAGUGGAUGGGGUGGGAGCCGGAUUGGGUUACCUUCUCCUCAGACUACUUUGAACAGCUGUCCGAGUUUGCUAUUCGACUCAUCAAGAAAGGCAAGGCUUACGUGGACCACAGUACCCCGGAGCAGCUGAGGCAACAGCGUGAGCUACGCGAGGAAAGUCCGUGGCGUAACCGUUCGGUCGAGGAGAACCUGCGACUAUUCAAGCACAUGCUUCAAGGCCGGUACGAUGAGGGCGAAGCGGUUCUACGUGUCAAGGGUGACAUGAAAAGUGAUAAUCCCAAUAUGCGUGACUUCGUUGCCUACCGUGUGAAGUACACAGAGCACCCACAUGCAAAGGACAAAUGGUGUAUUUACCCAAGUUAUGACUAUACACACUGCCUUAUCGACUCGCUUGAGGAUAUUGACUAUAGCUUGUGCACCCUGGAGUUCGAGACGCGUCGGGAGAGCUACUUCUGGCUGCUGGAUGAGCUUGACCUGUGGCGUCCGCACGUGUGGGAGUUCAGUCGCCUCAAUGUCACAGGCUCGCUUCUUUCCAAAAGGAAAAUCAACGUGCUCGUGGCAAAAGGAAUAGUACGCGGGUUUGACGAUCCUCGACUACUGACGCUUGCGGGGAUGCGGCGACGCGGGUACAAUCCAAAGGCCAUCAAUAAGUUCUGCGACCUCAUCGGUGUCACUCGCUCCAUGAAUAUUAUACAGAUUUCAAAUCUUGAGAACACCCUUCGCGAAGACUUGGAUGAUCGCUGCGAACGUCGGCAGAUGAUCAUCAAUCCCAUUAAGGUAGUCGUAGACAACUGGAGUGGUGAAAUGGAGGUCGAAUGCCCUAACCAUCCACGAAAACCGGAAUUAGGCACCCGGAAGGUUAUCUUCACUGAUAGCUUCUACAUUGAUGAGAGCGACUUCCGGCCAGUAGAUGAUGAUCCAAAGUUUUACGGCGUUGCACCAGGCCCGCGUGCAGUCGGUCUGAAGUACUGUGGUAAUAUCACCUGUACUGGUUUCGAGCGCAACGAGGAUGGAACGCCUCGCAUUAUUCAUGUCACCAUCGAUUUUGAUAGGAAAGUCAAACCAAAGACCAACAUCACGUGGGUGAGCAUCAAGCAUUGUGUGCCUGUGGAGUUCCGCCUGUAUACCGCACUACUCAUGGAUGAUCGUGCUGCCAUCGACCCGGAGUUCCUGAAGUUUAUCGACGCAAACAGCGAGAAGAUUUGUCACGGGUUUUCAGAGAAGUGUGUGGAGUCGAUGAAGGUUUUUGAGCCGCUCCAGGCUGAACGUUUUGGUUACUUUGUGGUUGACCCCGAUACCAAGCCCUCACAUCUAGUGAUGAACCGUAUCCUUGGUUUGCGCGAGGACAAAAACAAAUCGCAAAUAAAUGCGCAAGAAAAGAAUGGCAAGGUAAGUAAGAAAUGA